UUCUUCAGCCUAACAGUAGGAGAAUUAUUCCUCUUGAACGUUGAAAGAUUCGUAUCCCAUUACUAUUAGCUGUUGUAUCAAUACUAACAAUACCUACCUACCUUCAAACUAUCAUCGAUAUCCGAACGACAAUUCCAUUCUCGUGAGAUUUAGAUCACGUGUAUCAGAUGCAAGAACAUGGAAAGGACGUAAAAAUAUCAGCGAGCGUUUCCAACCUUCAGCCAGCGUAAGAACAUCAAUAUGAAGUAAAUCACAAUGGAGGAUUCUGUACUUUCUUCGAAUAUGUUCCUGCAAUUGUGGAUUCAAAUUGACCUCAGCUCUUCCUGUCUUGUGGAACGAGGCGCUUAUGUUGGCUAUGACUUAGUUUGUUUAUUUUAAGGAGGGAGCAACAACCAUGUGCAAGUUACUUCCCAGAAUUCCAUCAUCUUCAGAACAAAGUCAUCAAUUGACCCCCAAAAUUAUAUAAAAUGGGAUUACCGCCGUGGGAGACAAGUGAAAGUCAAACUUUUGCUUUAAUAACAGGCGCAAACAGGUAUUACCAGCCCAAAGUGUCCACAUUAUUCACAACGGGCUUCAAGGUUCUCGGUCCAAUUAUUGACAAAUUUCUAGUGGUUUAGGCUUUGCAAUUGCUUCUAGAUUAAUCGAUGAAUUUCUAACUUCAUCCGACACUCCUCCUACGAAACAUCUCAUUCUUAUCCUCUGCACGCGUACUCCACUGAAGACACGAUUCACAAUCUCGCGUCUGCGUGCCCAUCUGCGGAAACUCGUCGACUACUCUCAAUUUGCAAACUCGCAACGUAAGAAGGCUAAAGCACAGGGAAAUGUAUAUAAAUGGCAGGAUAUGGUGGCUCGGGUCCAUUUCCUUGGAGUUGAACUCGAUCUAUGCGACUUAAAAAGUGUAUACGCGGUCACCGACAAGCUGGUCAAUGGGACUGUUGGUAGCCCGGAUGCUACUACCAUGGAUGGUCUGAGGUUACCUGCUGGGUCUCCUGGAACUGCUUCGUAUUCUGCAGAUGUCCAGCAAGAUAGAUGGGCAUUGAGCCAGAAAGAAGGGUCUGAUGGGCAACAGAGGUCUUGGGGAUGGGGAUUGAGCGGAGUCCGCGUACCCAGACUGGAUGUCGUAAUUUUGAAUGCAGGUAUAGGAGGAUGGUCAGGAAUCCAUUGGCCAAAAGCUAUAUGGACUGUCAUGACAGAUAUGACAGAAGCUGUAACAUGGCCAACUUACAAGCUUGCGGAAGUCGGAGCUGUGGCAAAAUCGCAACUAUCCUCUACUAUCCCGAAAGAAGCGACAACGUCCGAUGAUGAAUCCACACAACCUUUACUCAAAGGCGACAGUCCACAGGAGCCGCCUCUUGGCGCGGUUUUCUGUUCUAACGUAUUUGGACACUAUAUUCUCGCACAUGAACUGAUGCCUCUACUAUCACGACCUGCUUCCCCUUCAGCCACUACCAGCGGAAGAAUUAUAUGGGUAUCCAGCAUAGAGGCGCAACCACAACACUUCAAUAUUGAUGAUUUACAAGGUCUGAACAACCACGCACCAUACGAAAGCUCAAAGCGUCUUACGGAUGUUCUCGUCCUUUCAAGAAAACUACGAGCAGGUGGAAAGAUCUCUUCUUCUUGGUUCGACUGUUCCGACGUUCGCGUGAAGGAAGACCAAAUAGAAGGAGAAGAACCUGAGGAUCAACCACCAACACAGUUGAUAAAACCCAAAAUGUUUGUGGUGCAGCCAGGAAUAUUUGUCUCGGAAAUCAUGCCCUUAAAUUUCAUCUUGGUAUUUUUCUAUAGGAUGAUUUUCUACCUCGUGAGAUGGAUGGGUAGUCAAUGGCAUACCAUCGAGCCUUACACCGCCGCUGUAGGGCCAGUCUGGUUAGCAUUAUCCCAAGAUGAGAUUCUAGACACUAUGGACGCACCAGCUUCAAAGUGGGGAUCGGCCACAGACUCAAGUGGAAAAGAACGUGUCAUUCGUACGGAAGUUCCAGGCUGGGGAUGGGAAGGCAAAACUCCAAAAACUAUUGAUACGGGGGAGAGAAGGAAGGGGAGAAAGAGAGAUGCGGUACCAUUGACGAGAGAAGCGAGAGAGGAUUUCGAGGUCAUGGGUGUUAAGUGUUGGACGGAAAUGGAGAAGUUGAGGAAGGAGUGGGAGGAACUUUUGGGGGUUAAAAAGUAAAGCGUUAUGGUGAUUGUUUAAAGAGAGAUUGUAUGUAGAUUGAUAAACUAUAAUUGGCUCUAAUUACAUCAUGUACAAGUAUAUAUGACUAAUAAACACUUCUUUUCUACCCAAGGUUUUUGCACAUACGUUACAUUAUUUCGCUCUCGAUAGUGCUAUAAAGAGUGUUCAAAAAUGAGAUAUAAAUACACAGGCCAGAGUACACACGUUUCUAUGAAUAUGUAGAGACGAAUCUAGGUAUUUGGAUUAUCAAACAAAUUUGGAAAAACGAAGUUCAAAUUCAAAUCUAAAGUUCAGAA